AUCAUCUUCAACCAUAGCGUUACAUAAGUGCAUGGACAAGAUAUCCGUGACACAGGUACAUGGGUUUCUCUUUAAAGGUAAAUGACGUUUUCUACAUAGAUCAAUUCGAUGGUAAUGCACAUAUUCGUGGAACCUUACAUUUAACUCUGACGCACAUAUUUUUUCUUGGAUUAUCUCGAAAACAGGAAAUAUGGUUACCGAAUCAACUAAUUUCUUCAGUUGAACGUCUACCGUUAACUACUGGUGGUGCACCUUUGAUUAUACGUGGUAAAGAUUUCCAUGUAAUUCGUUUGGUUGUAUUAAAAGAACGAGAUUGUCACGAUGUUUAUUCAACAUUGACACGGUUACUUUGUGUUGCACAUGUGUCUGCACUCCCGUGUUAUCAAUUUGUACCGCCGGAUUGUUAUUGGUCUCAAGAAGAAGGCUGGUCAACAUUUUCACUUAAGUCUCAGUAUGAUCGAUUUGGAUUACCUAAUUAUUUUUGGAGUCUAACCAAUGUUAACGAAAAUUUUGAGAUAUGUGAUACUUAUCCACGCGUAUUAUAUGUUCCAAGUAUGGUAUCAAAGAAUAUUUUGUAUGGAAGUUCACGUUUUCGCAGUCGUGGCCGAUUCCCUGUCUUAACUUACUUACAUCCAAAUGGGAAGUCAGCUUUGUGUCGAAGUAGUCAACCGUUAGCAGGUUUUUCAUCAAAAUCAACCGAAGACCAAGUACUUUUAGAAGCUAUACGUAAUUCAAAUCCCGAUUCGAAUAUAUUAUAUGUUGUUGAUACGCGACCAGCAAUUAAUGCAUUUACUAAUCGUGCACAAGGCAAAGGUUAUGAAGAUACAAAUGUUUAUCGUAAUGCUGUCAUACAAUUUUUUGAUAUUGAAAAUAUCCAUGUUGUUCGUUCAUCGUUAGAAAAAUUAUUAAAAGUAUGUUGUAAUCCAACAGUUAAUGUGGAACAAUUUACUUCUGGUUUAAAUAAAUCUGGUUGGUUGAAACAUUUACAUGCUAUAUUAGAAGCAGCUUAUUUUGUCGCAAAACGAUUAGAUGAAGGAAAUUCUGUACUUGUACAUUGUUCCGAUGGAUGGGAUCGUACUGCUCAAGUUUGUGCCCUAGCUCAAAUUAUAUUAGAUCCAUAUUAUAGAACAUUUCUAGGGUUGCAAGCUUUAAUUGAAAAAGACUGGAUACAAUUCGGUUACAAAUUCACUGAACGAUGUGGUUUAGUGUCAGGUGCUGAUUCCCGUGAAAUCUCCCCAAUAUUUACACAAUUUCUUGAUUGCUUACGACAUUUGCUAGAAAUCUGCCCAACUAAAUUUGAAUAUAAUAUUAAAUUACUAAAGUAUUUACAUGAUCAAAUUUAUUCAGCCGUUUAUGGAACAUUUAUUGGAUGUAGUGAAAAAGAAAGAGUCAAUUUAAAAGUUCAACAAAACACUUACUCUUUAUGGGGUUAUUUAAAUCGAUAUCGUGACAGAUGGAUUAAUCCAUUCUAUGAACAUAAUUCUGUAUGGAUCGAUUUUUCUAUUGACGGGGGUGGCAGGGGUAACUACAAAUACAAUAUAUCAUCUCAUUUUGAAACCGAUGAAUUAAUUACUGUUGGAAUUGAGUUGAUUAGUGAUGGUAAAGGGAAUAGUCGAUAUGCAGCGGAUAUACUACCUGUAUAUAUUCUAUGUGCACCUUUAUUUCGUUUAUGGCGUGAUCUUUAUUUACAUUGGGAAUGGCGUUUGCCUAAAUACGAUUUACAACGUGAAAAUUAUGUUUCGGAUUAUUUAUCCGGUCUGUCAACUCUACUCGAUCACAAUCGACUUUUAGAGGCUAGAAUCGGUCAGUUGCAAGAAUUAUUAAAUUUUAAAAUUGUAUUUGGUAAGAAUAAUCUAUCUAAUUCAAUGGAAAAAUCUAUCACAUCUAAGUUUGAAGUUCCCAUCAAUAAAGCUAUAUACUUAAAGACGAUAAUAACGUGUUUAAAUGGCUAA